AUGAUCUUCUCUGCUCUCCUUUCGAUCGUCGCCCUCGCUACUACGGCCAGCGCUUCCGCUCUCGAGAAGCGGCGCGUCACGUGCCCCGGCGGCGGUGUCACGGCCAACGCGGCGUGCUGUUCGCUCUUCCCGAUCAUCAAGGACAUCCAGGAGAACCUCUUCGAGAAUGAGUGCGGCGACAACGCUCAUGAGGCUCUUCGCUUGACGUUCCACGACGCGAUCGGCAUCUCAAAGACCAACGCUUCCUUCGGUGGAGGCGCCGACGGCUCCUUCGUAUUGUUCGGCGACAUAGAGACCACUUUUCCCGCAAAUGGCGGUACGGACGAGAUCGUAGCUCUUGAGAAGCAGUUCAUAGCUCGCCACCCGGGCAUUUCCGUUGCCGAUUUCAUUCAGCUCGCGGGUGCGGUCGGUAUAACCAACUGCCCCGGCGCUCCUCGCCUCCAGUUCCUCAAGGGCCGCAAGGACGGCACGAAGCCUGCGCCCGACGGCACGGUUCCCUUGCCCUUCGACUCUGUUGACAAGAUUCUUGCUCGCAUGGCUGACGGCGGUGGCUUCUCUCCCGCUGAGGUUGUUGCCCUUCUGACCGCUCAUACCGUUGGAGCCGCCGACAACAUUGACGCCACUAUUCCGCGCACUCCCUUUGACUCUACCCCGAGUCUCUUCGACAGCCAGUUCUUCCUCGACACGCAGCUCAAGGGGACCCUUUUCCCUGGCAACGGCCCCAACACCGGCGAGGUCAUGUCGCCGCUUCGCGGCGAGAUCCGUCUUCAGUCCGACCACGACUUCGCCCGUGACUCGCGCACCUCGUGCUUUUGGCAGGCGAACGUGAACCAGCAGAACCACAUGACCAGUACCUUUGCUGCGGCGAUGGCUAAGCUCGUUGUUCUCGGUCAGAACGAGAGGUCUUUGAUCGACUGCUCUGACGUUAUCCCGGCCGUCAAGCCCUUCACGAAGUCCUUGACUUUCCCGGCUGGCCUUAACAACAGGGAUGUCGAACAGGCUUGCGCUACUUCUGCGUUCCCGACGCUCAGGACUGACCCAGGCCCGGCUACCUCAGUCGCCCCAGUGGCCCCUGGGUCGACAACCGUUUGA